AUGGCUGCGGCCAUCGCCAGCGGUCUGAUCCGCCAGAAGCGCCAAGCGCGCGACUUGCAGCACUGGGACCGGCCCUCGGCCAACAGGAGGCGCAACAGCCCCAGCAAGAACCGCGGGCUUUGCAAUGGCAACCUGGUGGAUAUCUUCUCCAAGGUCCGCAUCUUUGGACUCAAGAAGAGGAGGUUGCGGCGCCAAGAUCCCCAGCUCAAGGGCAUAGUGACCAGGUUAUAUUGCAGGCAAGGCUACUACUUGCAAAUGCACCCAGAUGGAAGUCUCGAUGGAACCAAGGAUGACAGCACUAAUUCUACAUUGUUCAACCUCAUACCAGUGGGACUUCGAGUUGUUGCUAUCCAGGGUGUAAAAACAGGCUUGUAUAUAGCCCUAAAUGGAGAAGGAUUCCUUUAUACAUCAGAACUUUUUACACCAGAAUGUAAGUUUAAGGAGUCCGUUUUUGAAAACUAUUAUGUAAUCUACUCGUCGAUGUUGUACAGACAGCAAGAGUCGGGUAGGGCCUGGUUCUUGGGACUCAACAAAGAAGGGCAAGUCAUGAAAGGCAAUAGAGUGAAGAAAACAAAACCAGCAGCUCAUUUUCUACCGAAGCCAUUGGAAGUUGCCAUGUACCGAGAACCCUCUCUACAUGAUGUUGGGGAAACAGUGCCAAAGGCUGGGGUGACGCCAAGUAAAAGCACAAGUGCAUCGGCAAUAAUGAAUGGAGGAAAACCAGUGAACAAGAGUAAGACCACAUAGCCAGAGCCUUGUGGAUGUUGUGACUUAUUGAACUCUCUAUGUACAGCUGAGCACUUUAUCCUUGCAAGACUAUCCCACUCUGGUGUCUGCGGAUUGGCUGGAAGCAAGCGACGGCUUGCUCUGUGCUCCUUCCAAAUCUGUAACUCCUCCCACAGCAAAGACUUUUGGAUGACCAGCUGAACUCCGACCAUAGAAUGCCCCACCAGAUAUGGAAUGCCUUUUAAUCUCUUUUCUGUGACUGUGACACCUCAUGUGAAUGGCAUACUUCACAAGUACACUUGAUAUCUCUUGCCUGCUGACAGUUACCCAUAACUCCCCCUUUGGAGCCCAGGAGACCCCCGUGUUUUAAGUUCGAUUUUGUAGCCCACAGAAUAAUAACAAGUAAUUUCUAGAUAGAUGCUGUAAAACCUGUGCUAUUAUGGAUUUUUUCUUCCUCCUCUUUUUUAUGAGGCUGCUUGCUCCGCUGUCUGUGUGACUCCUUUGCAGGGAUUAUGUUUUGCUCAGAUUGAAGUGUUGCUGAUGGUUUAGUUUUGGAAAGCAAUCAGAGAAUUAGGGGAGCCUUCAAAACCCUGUUAGGGAUCAUACCUGUAAAAGAUAGGAUCAUUGCAAAUAAGGAUUCUGCUUGAAUACAGCUCCAGUAUGUUCCCAAGGAGGGAAAAGCAUCACGUGUGGCUAGUCAACAACCUUUCAAGGCCAAUGUUUGAUACCCCCUGUGUGUGCGUGUGUGUGUUUUAUACAUAUCACAGACUUACUGGUAAUGGUAACAUUUGCCUUGCCCAGCGAGCAAGACCCACAUAUUUUUAAGAAAGUGGGUCCAAAGAACUCUGUAGGCCUUGUAGGCCUGAAUUAAGGCUCAUUUUUCAUCUACUAGUACUCAUUAUCUGAAAUUCAAAAGAAAAAAAAUUAGAAUGAAUGGGAAUUCUGCUACCUACAGUCUCUUUCGAAACAAUAGAUUCCUUCUCCUGUUUUUAAACAAUGGAACGUAAUCCCAUCUUUAUUUAUGGCUAUAGUUCACUCUUACUCAGCAAAGCAUGGGCAAGAAAGUUGUGUUUUUUCUCUGCAGCACCAAUGCAAAAGAUAGUUACCGAUUAUACGUUAAUAUUUUCAGUGUUAAAAAGAGAAGAAAGAUUUUAAACAUAUUUGAAGGAUUCCUUUGCAUUUCUUUGAUAGCUUAGCAUGCAAAGUCCAGGCAAUAUAUUAUUUUAUCUAUACCACAGCACUAUGUUUCCAGUCCAGCUUCUUAGGAUAUUAUGGCCACCAAAUUGCUAGAUUUUCGGUGCCUUGCAUUUAUCUUAUUAUUUUGGUUUUCCCUGUAUUCUACAAAUUUAAGCAAAUUCUAACAAAAGAACAAGGUCAAGAAUGUUUCUCUUUUGAUUACUAAAUGAAAUAAAUACUAGUAUUUUUUUGGAUAGAGAGCCUUGAGGCCAAAAUGAAAGAAUAGUAACAGGCUAUUCUUACAAAACACUCUUAGACAAAUGGAUACAUUUUUGAAAGUAGAUUACUGGGAAACUAAAUUGAAAACAGAAAGCAUGAUGUGGACCAAAAUGUAUCUUUGUUCCAGAUAAUCAUGUAUGAAAAGUCUAAACAUUUGCACUCGUGUUUGUUUUCCAUUUCAAUUUUGGAACUUUUUUUUUCCAAUGUGGUUUUAAAUACUGAUUUACUUUUCAUAGUUAUUAUGGAAUGUUCAGAUUUCCUAUUUGGUUUGGUGGUAACAGAUUAAACUUUGAAUUAACUCUUGAAUCUUGAUUCAUAUCAGCUUCUAUUUGAAUAAGUAAGCCCUUAAGGUAUGUGUGAAUAGAUCGCACAUUGCUACAAGGUUAUUCAUAUACAACAGGAGUAUUUGAACCUCCAAUUCCUUGGUUUCUCCAUACAUGGUAAGAGGCUUCUUUUGAUUUCUUUCAGCCACACAAGUGAAGCACAUUAAACAUUAUUCUGUUCCCAGAAUUUAGUAGCAUUUUUAAAAUAACAACAAAAAAGAUUAAGGUGUUUUACAACAAAGGAAAGCAUUGGCGGACAAAAAUGAACCAUAAACAUCCUUUUCCUCCUCGGCUUCUAGAGAAGGAAUAUCUUAGCCAGCUUUGCUUGGCUGAGGAAUUGUGGUAGUUGAAGUCCACAAGUCUUAAAGUUGCCAACUUUGGACACCCCUGUCUUAGAGGUUCCCCUUGGGAAGAAGGCUUUUUUGAUUUUAUCCCCACACAGGGUAGAAAGGAGUCAUUGUGGUUCCCCACAAGUGGAUCAGCAGUGGCCUGGGGGGACUUCAGAAGCCAUGCUAUUUCAGUUGCUCUGCCUAGUAGACACAGAAUUGGUGUCUGCCCAACUCUGCCAGCCCGUCACAUUUUAGUCUGAAUUUUGAAAUGUUUUGUGGUUUUUUUUUCUAGAGCCCCAGUUAUUAGAGACUGCUUACUUUGAUUUUCAGUAUACUUUCUGUACUGUGCAACUGAAAGCUCUAAAACAAAAGUACAAAAUAAAAAGUGUGAAAUGUAUUAUUUCCCUUUCAUUUUGAUGAUGAUGAUGAUGAUGAUGAUGAUGUAUGAAGCUGGAGAGGGACAGGUUUGGGGGCUUGGUGAAUCACCUCAGGACUUGGAACCAAACAUAAAGCAUCAAGCAUAAGGUGAGGUAACAUCAGUUUGUCAACUCAUUUUAUAAUGCCAGUAAGAUAUUUUUUUCUACACCUGCUGCUCCAGACUUGUACUCAUUACAUAAUUCUUCUGCUGGGGCACCUUUUUUUCCUCUGUCCAUGUACAAAGAAGCUUUGGAGCCAGAAUCAAGGUUAGCCCAAGGGAACUAUUCUCUUUCGCCAGUUGCAAUACAUUCCCUUAAUUUUUACAUUCGUGCCCAUACUGCCAUGUCAACCAGCCAUGUAGUUAAAUAAGAAGACCGAGUUCAUGUUUGUAAAUGAUUGACACUGUAUACUAUAAGUAGAACACACAUAUUCUCCUCUUUGUUGUAAUGGGUGUAGAUUGCCUUCACACCUUCCAUGACUGGGAGGAUCUUAAAUAAGCUUAUUUGAGAAUCUGAAUCCAUUUCAGCACAGAGGAGAGAACGUGGGGUUCCUUGUGCUUUAGUUACUUUUUUAAGUUUGUCUCAUCUGUUUGCAUGGGAAAAGGAUGGUAAUAAUGAAUUGCAUGUAGUAGGCUAUAU